AUUUAGUUUGGUUAGUUCGUGCGCGGGGCCCCGGCGACUGGGACGAACGACUAAAGAGAUACGACGACGGAAAGUGUGCGCGCGAUAGACAGAGAGGACAUCUACUCACAGUUAGUGUGACGACAGUGACGACGAAGACGACACGACGCUCGGCGAGUUCAAAUUUGUGAGCAGCCUGCUUCUACUGCCUUAGUUGCUUGCAUUUCGAGAACGAUCACCGAUUCGACAAUUAUCAGGGAUUACGGACAUAAUCUUUCUACUUUUUUCUCUUCCCUCUAGCGCGUAAUCCUUACCGCCAGAAAAAUCGCACACUUUCGAAUUCAUUACCGUUUCAAAACCAACAAAAGCUCUCAGGAUUCACUGGACUGAAAGAAUCGCCAACAGUGGCAGGGGCGGGGGAAUUAAAUGAUAACGGACAAAAAUAUCCUUUGAACCUGAGGGGAGAAACGGGAGGACUUAUUUUUUCUGGUGGUCUAGAAGGCCAAAAACCUUGAACAAUUCGGGUAGAAAAGGGGUUAAAAACCCCGUGGAAGUGAGAAGAGGAGCGAAGGCACCCCGACAACAUGGGGGUUGCCGAUGACUUCGCACCCAGCUUCACCCAGAAGCCGCAGCUUCGGCAGGAAGACGAAGGCAAUCGGCUCAUUUUUGAGUGUCAGCUGGUCAGCUCACCGAAACCAGACAUAUCCUGGUUUCGGGGAGAUACCCAGCUGAGUGAAGAUGCCAGGACUAAUUUCAAGAUCCAGAGUGUCGAGACAAACAAGUUCCUAGUGGUGCUCGAACUCGAUGAUGUCAUCGAAACAGAUGCUGGCCUGUACAAGGUCAAGGCCAAGAACAAGAUGGGCGAGGUUGCAGCCUCGAUCAACCUCAACUUCAGUCCCGUGGAUGAGCCUAGGGAGAAACAAAUCGACGGUAUCGCACCGACUUUUGCGAAAAAACCAGCUAUUAGGCAAGAAGAUGAUGGCAAAAGAUUGCUCUUCGAAUGCCGUAUCACCGCUGAUCCCACACCGAAAGUUUCAUGGUUUCACAAUGGAAACAUGGUUAAAGAUUCGUCAAGGCAUAAGCUGACUGUGGAUAAGGACGGCCAUUCGUACUUUGCGACCCUAGAAAUAAAAAAUGUGACCGUGGAGGAUGCUGGCAAAUAUAAGGUCACCGCAAAGAACGAACUUGGCGAAUCAAAUGCCACGAUUUCUCUCAACUUCGACAGCGACGAAGCACCCGUACCCGAAGACGGGAUCAAGCCGACCUUCACCGAACGACCUGUUAUCAGACAAUCGGAUGAUGGAAACACCAUCACUUUCGAGUGUCGAUUAGCUGGAGACCCGAAACCGAGCGUCACGUGGUAUCACGGAACCGAGGAAGUUAGAGAUGGUGGACGAUACAAGAUGUCUCUAGAACUUGAUCAAAAACUGUAUCACCUGGCCAGGUUACAGAUUAGCAAAGUGAUCAAAGCAGACAGUGGAGAAUACAGAGCAGUGGCCAAAAACAAACAUGGCCAGGGCGUUGCCACGAUUAACCUCAACUUCGAGGGUGGUGAUAAACUUAAAAUUCCCGACGGUAAGCCACCAAGAUUCCCCAAGAAACCGACGAUUCGCCAAGAGGGAGACGUCCUGAUAAUGGAGUGCAUCCUGGAGGCGCAUCCGGUACCAGAUAUUACGUGGUACCAGGGUCUGAAAACGAUAUCUGACAGCUCACGAAUCAAGAUGUUGAGAAAGUCAACCGGAAAGGACACUUACCUUCUCACACUCGAAAUUUCGAAUCCGACCAAGGCCGACGGGGGAAAUUACCGUUGCAACGCCUUUAACACCUUUGGCGAGAGUAACGCCAACAUUUCACUAAACUUCCAAGAAGACGCGGCGGGUUUCGCCCCAUCGUUUAUCGAGAAGCCCCGCAUCAUUCCGAACGAAACUGGCACUCUUAUCACAAUGAAGUGUAAAUGUAGAGCUAAACCGAAACCGGAAGUUACCUGGUACCGAGGAACGACCAUCGUUAAAGAGUCAUCGAAAAUCAAGAUCAAGUCCAAGGAUCUUGAGGAGGACAUCUUUGAACUCAUUCUUGAAAUUAAGGACCCGGCAGCUCCAGACGGUGGUACUUAUAGGUGUCAUGUGAAGAACGAAUUUGGAGAAAGCAACGCAAAUCUCAAUCUGAACAUAGAAGCAGAACCAGAACCGGAAGGCGAUGGUCCCACAUUUGCCGAAAAACCGAGAAUUCAAUCCCAAAAUCAAGGAAAACUUGUCAUCAUGGACUGUAAAGUUAAAGCGUCACCAAAACCAGAAAUCGUAUGGACUCAUGCUGGACAAGUGGUCCAAGAGUCAUCAAAAAUUUCUUUAAGUGUUGUACAAGAAAAAGAGGAUAUAUUUUACAUCAAGCUCUCCUUAAAUGAUCCUGGAGCGGAUGAUUCUGGACUCUACAAAUGUAACAUCAAGAACGCUCUAGGAGAACUCAACGCCAAUCUCACGUUGAAUGUAGAAAUUAUUCCUGUAAUCAAGGAGAAACCAAAGGUCAUCAAAAUCGUGAAGAAGAAGACAGUAAUAGUUGAAUGUCACGUUUUAUCCAAGUUUGCACCAGAUUGUACUUGGUUCAAAGAAACAAAGGCAGUUCAGGAGGAUGAAAGACACAGGCUCCAUGUUGAGAAAGUCAAGGAGGGCGAGUUCGCAGUUAAAUUGGAAAUCGAACAAAUAUCAACUUCAGACAAAGGUAUCUACAAAUUGGUGGCUAGAAACGAAAAGGGUGAAGCCACUUCGCAGGUUGUAGAAGUGACAGAAAUUCCAGAGGAAAUCGAGAGACCUAGAAUUGCUUCCGGAUUGAAAUCCACUACUGUCACAGAGGAAAAGAGUGUAGAAUUCACAGCCUCCUUAUUCCAAAUGGAUAAGAAGGUCACUGUUACAUGGUACAAAGACUCGACGUUGAUCACAACAACAACUAAAGAGUACAACACGUCGUUUGAUGGAAAGACAAUCAAACUUGUUAUCCAGUCUGCUAAAUUGGAUCACACCGGUACUUACAAAUUAGUCGUCAGUAACGAAGGUGGCAAGGAUGAGUCAUCAGCACAACUCACAGUCGAGAAAAAGCAGGAGAAGAAGAAGAAGGAUGAGGAAGAAGAAGAAAAGAAAAAGAAGAAGAUCGAAAAGAAGGAAGAAAAGAAGGAGGAGGAGAAAGUCGAAGAGAAGAAGAAGGAGAAAGUAGAAGAGAAAAAGAAGGAGAAAGUAGAAGAGAAAAAGAUGGAGAAAGUAGAAGAGAAAAAGGUACAAAACACGAUGAUAUCUUAUGAAUCUGAGGAGGAAUAUGAGGAGGAAGAAGAAACGGUUAGUAUAAUGGAAUCGAGCAUUGCAGAACCCAUCAUCGAAGAACUUGAAUCUGAACUCAAUUCGGAGGUCGAGGAUAUACCGGUCUCGAAAACAAACGGUAUCGACAAACCAGAAUCCAAGAAGAAAGAGGAGGUUUUGAACAACGUUGAAAAGAUUGAGGAGAAAAAAGUCACCAAGAAGAAGGUAGAGGAGAAGGUAGAAGAAAAGGAACAAGAAAAGAAGAAGAUCAUUAAGAAAAAAGAACCUGAUUCCAAACCGGGUUCUAAAGAUGUUUCUCGGGAAACAACACCGAAACCUGAGAAGAAAACCACUAGCCGCAAACAAUCCAUUUCUAGGGUGGAAGAACUCCGCUCAGAAAGUAGGCGAAGCUCCAUUUCCAAAACUGAGGAAACGAUUUCCCGCGAAGGCUCCAAGACGCCUGAACGACGCGUUUCCAUGCAACAGGUCGAGGAAGAAGUCAAAACAGAGAGCAGACGUUCCUCGAUUAUGGAAAGGACAGUUGAGAAGAAACGAGAUGUGUCAAGGAGACUAAGUGACGCGAAGGGAAGACCAAAAUCAAAUCCUCAGAGUAUAGAACCCGAAGAAUUGAAGGUGCAACUUAUUAAGAAGUCAAAAUCCUCAGACGCAGCAGAUUUUGAGGAUGCACCUAAUGAGUAUCAUAUCUUUGUUGAAAACCCCGAUACAGAAACAGAGGCUGAUGAUUCAAUACGUUCGGAACCAAAACGUAAAUCCAUAGACAAACCUCCUGUGCCAAAGUGGGAGUCUUAUGUAAAAUACGAUACUUCUGUUGAAACAUCCAUUGCGGAGGAUGAAGAGGAUACGAGCCGCAGAACAUCCAUUGACACUCUAAUUAUGGAUGAGGAGGAUGUAUUAUCAGAACGGAGAAUUUCAGUAGACAAAACUCAAAAAGUGAAGAACGGAUCAAUUUCAAAAGACAAAUCUCCUUUUGACGAAAAUACUUAUUCUUUUAAGGAUGAACCAAGUACAAAACGAAAACCUAGUCUACAGAAACCACAAGAAGAAAAGAAGCGUGAUUCUAUCAAAAAACCCAAACCCACUACGACCAAACCAGAAGAACCAAAGAAAGACGAGCUGAAACCAAAAAAUAAAUCUGCGGUUGACGGUACCAAUGGGGAGAUUGAGGAUAAAGCACCCACCAAGAGAAAACCAUCCAUUGGAAAACCAGCAGAAGCCAAGGGAACACCUUCACCAUCGCGAAGAACAUCCACAAACAUUACCACUGAAGAAAAGGAAAAACAUGAUGCUUCGCGUAAAUCGUCAAUUACACAAGUGACAGAAACUGAGGGAUCACGAGCAUCUUCUCGCAAAUCUUCGUUCAAUUGGCCCGACCAAGAUGAGGAUAUGUAUGUGCCGCCCAUUAAACGUGGACUUAAAGAGGAGAUUGAUACACCCAAAACGUCACGCAAACCUUCACUUGUAAAAGAAAAAGAUGAAGAGAAGAAACAUACUUCUUCCCGAAAACGUUCAUUUGCAAAAGACGGAAAGUCUAAGGAUGAAGAGGAAAUACAGGAUGAAUCGCGUAAAUCGUCCAUUGUAGAAGUGACAAUAACAGAGGAUUCACGCGCAUCUUCUCGAAAAUCUUCCUUCAGUUGGCCUGAUCAGGACGAGGACGCAUACGUGCCACCACGCAAACUUGAACUUAAGGAGAAUAAUGAGACACCAAAGCCGACGAAAAAAAAUUCAAUUGGCAAAGAAAACGAGCCAGAGGAAAAACUUGCUCUUUCACGAAAACCUUCUUUGGCAAAGGGUGAAAAAGCAAAGGAUGAGGAGGAAAACUCUAAACCCUCUCGUAAAUCAUCACUCGCUUCGACAGACGGGAAGAAGAUUAAAAAAAAGACUGUCCGAAAAACUUCGGUUAAGAAGAAAAGUGAAGAGGCUAAAGAGACAAACGAUUCCUCACCUCUCGAACCAGAGGGCGAUAAGAAGGAUGAACCAGAUAAACCGAAAACUACGCUUAGCAAACCGGAAGAGCAUAAGGCUGAACCUAUUCUGAAACCUAAAACCACUCUUGGCAAACCUGAAGAAGCUAAGAAGGAAGAACCAGCACCAAAACAAAAAGCUACUCUUGGCAAACCACAAGAGCCUAAGAAAGAAGAAGCAGAAAGCAGGAGAACAAGUCUGAAACCAGGCAGGACCCUCGAGGAAGAAAAGAAAUCACUAAACAAAGUGGAGCUAAAACCAAAGGAAAACAACGCCGACGAAAAACGAAAGCCACGCAGACCACCUAAACAGGAAAUUAAGGUUGAAAGCUUUCAAGCAAUUCAGCUCAAACCUGUUAAAAAAGUUACGAAAGAGCCUGAAAAGGCUGAAAAUGGCACUGUUGAACUUAAGAAAGUUGAUAAAGGCGAGAAGCAGGAAAUCAAAAGGGUUAAGGUACAAAAGGCUCAAAAAGAGAAGAAUUAUGAACUUCCAGAGAUACCCGAUUACGAAAGACCAGUUCUUGAGAAACCACAGGAAUUUGAAUUUGGCGAAUAUCAAAAACGUGACAAGAGCAAACUUGACAGGCCAGUCACUCAGAAAUUCGAUUCCAAGCCCAAGGUACCAGAGAUUAAGGAACCUGAAAUCAAGACACCUGAGAUCAAAACAUCGGACGCACCGAAGAUCCAAGUCAGCAAGAACGUAUCACCAGUUCCAAGCAGGAGGGGUUCGAUUAUUCCACCAGGAAGUGGUACCGGAAGUCGGAGAGGAUCUCUUAUACCUCCAGAAGAAUUGGGCCGCAGACCUAGUCUUAUCAUCAGUGACGAGGAGAAUAGAAGGCUGCGCCCUGGCGAGGUGGUGGAUGAGCGCAAGGUGGGAAAAUUACGGCCCGGCGAGGUGUUAGAUACUAAGCGACGUCGUAGCGACGUAAGAAGACUCAGCGUGGCGGAUCUGGAGAGUAGAAUCAAUCAGCCAAGCACACCCCUUAAAGAUGUUGGAAACCCAGGACCACCUCAAAUCACCGACUACCAAGAGUCGUAUGCUGCUGCCGAAGGAGAAACGGCGUACAUCAAUGUCGAGGUUGAGGGUUCACCUGCACCAACAUUUAAGUUCUAUAAAGGAAUCACCGAAAUUGUCGAAGGAGGUCGCUUCAAGUUCAUCACAGAUGGUGAAACUAAAACAAUUAUGCUCUGUAUUAGAAAAACAAAGCCCAACGAUGAAGGUACCUAUAAGCUCGUUAUCAGCAAUAUUCAUGGAGAGGAUUCUGUCGAAUUACAGCUCUACAUCUCCGAUUCUAGUGGAAUGGACUUCAGAACUAUGCUCAGAAAGUCAAGGUACAAACAAUGGGAUAAAGAAGAUCCAGAUAGGGAGAAGGUUGAUCUUAAAGAAGUUGAGAAACCCAUGCCAGCACUCAAGAAAGUUGAGAGGAAACAAGAUUCCUUCUUGAAACCACUUGUGGAUAGACAUGCCAAGGAGGGUAAAGACAAAAAGGUCAUCUUUGAAGCCAAUUUCUCAAAGCCAAGCGCCAAAGCAAGAUGGUUCUUCCGCAAAGAUGAACUGUUUGCUAGCGCUAAAUAUAAAUUUAAGAACGAAGAAGAUCUUUACCAGCUCAUUAUCACUGGACCCAAAGUUGAUGAUACUGGAAAAUACACACUUGAAAUCGGCGGUAUUUCCACUACAGCCUUCUUAACAGUCGAUGAACCCGAUCCCACCUACAACUUCACCAAACCAUUGUCGAAGAAGUCAAGUGGUUUUACGAAACAUGAAACUCUCCUGGAAUGUACAAUCAGUUCCAACAUGGCUAAGGUUGAAUGGUUCAAAGAAGAGAAGAAACUGGAGGAUGGUGACGUAUACAGCAUCUCCAAAGAUAUGUCGGGCGUGUGUCGAUUAGCAAUCAAAAAUUCAACCCUUGAGGAUAGUGGUGAAUACUCAUGUAGGAUUUGCAAACAAACAGACAAGACUGCAACCAUUCUUACUGUUGUUGAAUAUCCAUACAAGUUCGUGAAGGUAUUGAAGCAUCAAACAGCAACAGAAAAGGAGACGAUAACUUUGCUCUGCGAGCUUGAUGAUGCUGCUGGUGAUGUGAAAUGGUUCAAAGGAGAUCAAGAAAUUCAGUCUGAUAAGAGGGUACAAGUCAAGGAAGAUGGUCGAAAGAGGAAGUUAAUAAUUAAAGAUGCUAAAGUCACUGAUGCUGGAAUGUACUCCUGUGUUAGUAACGCCGACAAAACAGAGGCGGAACUCAUCGUUAAUUAUUUGAACCGUUUCAACAAGAAAUUGAAGGACACAACUGCCAUCGAGCGAGAGAAGCUCGUUCUUGAUGUCGAACUCCAGGAUCAGACAGCACCUGCUGAUUGGUCAUUUAAUGGAAAGAAAAUCGAACCUAGUGAUCGAGUGGAAAUCAAAAAUCUAGGUGGAGGAAAACAUCAACUUGUUUUCAAUAAAUUAGAGAUGGAAGAUGAUGGUGAAAUAACUUGCGAGAGUGGAGAGCUGAAGAGCAGCUGCAAACUCACUGUCAAAAAGGGAGAGAGCAAACCAAUUCCAGAGAUUCCUGAUAAAGUUGAAGGUCCAUGUAGUGCGCCUAUCUUCUUUACUGUGCCUUUCAAAGUCGAGGGCACGAAACAAACACCGAUAGAGGCUAAAUUGAUGAAAGACGGCAAAGCUUUACCACUCAAGGAUGUUGAGAUUAUUGUAGGUGAAGAUAAGAUCACUUUCAAGAUCAAAAAGCCCCAGCAUGACCAGUCUGGCGUUUACCAAGUCAAGAUCAGUAACGGACAGGGAGAGGAAGUGAAGGAUGUCUUCGUCAACAUGCAAGAGGUACCAUCUCCACCACUUGAUGUGGAAGUCAGCGAUGUCUUUGCAACCUCGUGUGUUGUUUCCUUCAAACCAAGCAAGGACGAUGGUGGUUCACCAAUUAUAAACUACGUCAUUGAACGUCUGGACAUGAGUUUAAAAUCUCAGUGGGAUAGCGUAGGAGAAGUCAAAGCUGGUGAAAAGUGUUCCUACAAAGUGGAGGACUUGGUCACAAAGAAGGAGUACAAAUUCCGUAUUAGAGCUGUGAACAAAAUUGGAUCCAGUGAGCCUGGCCUUUUCGCCAAGCCUGUUUUGGCAAAGGAUCCAUGGGACCAACCUGGAAAACCUAAAAAUGUGGAGGUAACAGACUGGGACAAGGAUCAUGCGGACUUAACAUGGCAGAAACCAGAAAACGACGGAGGUGCCCCAAUAACGGGUUACAUAAUUGAAUACAAAGAAAAGUUUGGCAAAGAAUGGGUGAAAGGUAAAGAACUCGAAGGUGAAAUUACCAAAGCUACCAUCGAUGGCCUGAAGGAAGGUGCCCAAUACGAAUUCCGAAUCCGAGCUGUCAACAAAGGUGGUCCAGGAGAACCAUCAGAUGCAACGAAACCAAUAAUAGCGAAGUGCAGAUUCGUGAAACCAUACAUUAUUGGAGAUAGUCUAACCAAUCUUGUUGUUAAGAAGGGACAAGUAAUUAAAUAUGAUAUCAAAUAUGCUGGAGAACCAGAACCUGAGGUUCACUGGUUCCUUGGAGAGAAAGAACUGGCUCAAGAUGCAGCUGAGAGACUCACAAUCGAUAAAUAUGAACUGAACACUGUGUUAACUAUUAGAAAAACAACGAGACCUGAUUCUGGAAAAUACAAACUUGUCUUGACAAAUAGCUCUGGUACUUGCGAAAGCAUAGCUGAUGUUGUUGUCCUAGAUAAACCUUCAAUGCCAAGAGGUCCAUUGAAAGCGGAGGAGGUUCGCUCUGACCACGUUACAGUCAAGUGGAACCACCCUGAAGAUAAUGGUGGAAGCGACCUCACCGGAUACGUUUUGGAAAAAAUGGAUUUGGAAACUGGACGCUGGAUUCCAGCAGGAGAAGUUGGACCAAACGAGAACACCUUCACUUUCCAGGGUCUGACACCAAAGAAGAAUUACAAAUUCAGGGUAAAGGCCGUCAACAAAGAGGGAGAGUCAGAACCACUCGAAACUGAGGAAGCUAUCAACGCUAAGAAUCCUUAUGACGAACCUGGCAAACCAAGCAAGCCAGAAAUCUUCGAUUAUGAUAAUACCAGUGUGUCUCUGAAAUGGAAGAAGCCAGACAGUGAUGGAGGCAGACCUAUCACCCACUACACUGUGGAAAUGAAGGACAAAUUCUCCCCUGAUUGGGUUGAAGUUACAAAGACUGCAGAUGAUAACCCUGAAGUCAAGGUCGAAGGCCUUAAGGAGAAAAUGGUCUACCAGUUCAGAGUUCGAGCUCAUAACAAGGCCGGACCUGGUCAACCCAGUGAGCCUACUGAUAACCAUGUUUGCAAACACAAAAAUUUGAAACCAAGAAUUGACCGAACAAACUUGAAGUCCAUUAUCAUCAAGGCUGGUCGCACCCACAAAUGGUCAGUGGAUGUUAUUGGUGAACCUCCUCCAGAAUGUAAAUGGAUUUGGAGAGAUAACAUUCCCUUGACAAAUACCGAACGGAUUAAGAUAGAAAACGUGGAUUACCAUACUGAUUUCACAGUUAUCAAUGCAGUGAGAAAAGAUACUGGCAGAUAUACCUUGAUUGCUGAGAACGUUAAUGGAAAAGACGAGGAGACUAUUGAACUUACUGUUCUUGGCAAACCCGGCGCUCCUAAGGGACCGCUUGUGGUAUCUGAUGUCACCAAAACAACUGCUAAAGUCAAAUGGGAGAAACCGGAAGACGAUGGUGGUAGUCCCAUCAAAGAAUAUGAAAUCGAGAAGAUGGACACGAGGACUGGAAAAUGGGUCCGAGUUGGAAAAGUUCCUGGCAACUCACCGAACACUGAAUUCGAAAUCACUGGACUCAAUCCAGGAAGCGAAUAUAAAUUUAGAGUCACUGCUGUUAAUGAUGAAGGAGAUUCUGAACCUCUAGAAAGCGAACGUGGGGUCAUUGCUAAGAAUCCCUUCGACGAACCCCUCAAGCCUGGUACUCCAGAAAUCACAGAUUACGAUAAUGAAUCUGUUAGUAUCAAGUGGACUGCACCAGAAUUCGAUGGAGGUGCACCAAUCGAGAAAUAUAUCAUUGAAAAGAAAGACCGCUACAAGCCUGACUGGGAAAAGGCUAUUGAAGUUUCCGGAAACGAACUCGCUGCUAAGAUUCCAGACUUGAAAGAAAAAGGAGAGUACCAAUUCCGGGUAGUUGCUGUAAACAAAGCUGGUCCCUCGCCACCUUCAGAUGCUUCCAAGACGCAAAUUUGCAAGUUCAAAGCACUGAAACCGAGAAUCGAUCGAACGAACUUAAAAACGACUAUCGUACGAGCUGGAAAGCCAAUCAAAUUCGAUGUGGACGUUCGUGGAGAACCACCACCAGAAAUUACUUGGUACCAAGUAACAGACGUCAUCAAAUCCGGUGAUAACAUCGAAAUCAUAAAUGUUGAUUAUAACACCAAACUCAACAUCACAGAUAGCGUACGGAAAAAUACUGGUCUUUGGAAAGUCAAGGCAGUGAAUCCUCAUGGCGAAGAUGAGGCCGAAGUUGACAUCACUGUCCUCUCUGCACCUGGAAAACCGAAAGGACCUCUGAAAGUAUCAGACGUUACAAAGAAUGGUUGCAAACUCAAAUGGGACAAACCAGAGGACGAUGGUGGAAAGCCAAUCACUGGCUACCAAGUCGAAAAACUCGACAAGAACACUGGACGAUGGGUUCCAGUUGGACGAACAAACGAUACUGAAUUAGACAUCAAGGGUCUUCAAGAAGGUCACGAUUAUGAAUUUAGAGUAAAAGCCCUCAACGAAGAAGGUGAAUCUGAACCAUUGGUGACAGAGGAUUCAAUAACAGCCAAGAAUCCAUUCGAUUUAUCCAGCAAACCUGGCACUCCUGAAUUGGAAGACUGGGAUGUUGAUCGAGUGGACCUUAAAUGGGAACCACCCAAGAACGAUGGAGGUGCUCCUAUCACAGGUUACGUCAUUGAAAAGAAGGAAAAAUUGGGACACUGGGAAGAGGCUUUGGUUACCAACACGCCCCUACCUAAAGCUCGCGUACCUGGAUUGAAAGAAGGUGGUACAUACCUAUUCAGAGUUCGUGCUGUGAACAAAGCUGGUCCAUCCGAACCUAGCGAUCCUACCAAACCUCACAUUGCUAAGGCUCGUUUCUUGAAACCGUUCAUUAACCGCGACAAGCUACAAACUGUCAAAGUCAGAGCUGGACAAAUCGUCAAACUCGACGUCGAUGUCAAGGGUGAACCUCCUCCAACUAUCACCUGGAGUUUCUUGUCCAAACCUCUGGUAACAGGCGGCAAUCUUAAAAUCGAGAACGAAGAUUAUAAUACCAAACUUCAGAUGACUAAUACUACUCGUAGCAACACGGGUAAAUACAGAAUUAAGGCUGUGAAUGAUUCAGGACAAGAUGAAGCUGACGUGGAGAUCAUAAUUCUUGAUAAGCCUGGAAAGCCCGAAGGACCUUUGGAAGUAUCUAACGUACACAAAGAAGGGUGCAAACUGAAGUGGAAGAAGCCCAAAGACGAUGGAGGUCUUCCUCUCAGUAGUUAUAUUGUAGAGAAGAUGGAUGUCACCAGUGGUCGCUGGGUACCAGCAGGUACUGUUCUUGAUCCCGAGAAAACUGAACACACAGUCACUGGCUUGGAACCUGGCAAGAAGUAUGAAUUCCGCGUUAAGGCUGUCAAUGAAGAAGGAGAAUCUGAACCUCUUCAGACUGAUACUUCCAUUCUCGCCAAAAAUCCAUUCGAUGCUCCACCAGCACCUGGCCUUCCAGAAAUUGUCGACUGGAACGAGCAUAUGGUGAAACUAAAAUGGGAACCACCUAUCAGAGAUGGUGGCGCUCCGAUUACAGGGUACAUCAUCGAAAUGAAAGACAAAUUUGGUACUGCCUUUGUUAAAGCUGCUGAAGUCGAAGGUCCAAUAUGCACAGGAACUGUUCCAAGAUUAGAAGAAGGGAAUCAAUAUCAAUUCCGUGUUCGAGCUGUUAACAAAGCGGGCCCUGGAGAACCUAGCGAAGCAACCACACCUCACACUGCGAAAGCUCGAUACUUGAAGCCAUACAUCGACCGCACAAAUCUUCAAGCACAAACAAUCAAGAUGGGUUUGACGCUAACUCUCGAUGUUAAAAUCAUUGGAGAACCACCUCCAACUGUUACCUGGUCCCUCAGAGGAAAAGAACUUGCCUCAAAUGAAGAAUUCCGUAUUGACAAUGUCGAUUACAAUACCAAAUUCAUAGUUCUCCGAUCUAAGCGAGAACACACUGGACGAUAUGUCAUCAAGGCUUCAAAUGAAGUCGGUGAAGAUAUCGCUGAAGUGGACAUUACAGUUCUCAGCAAGCCAUCCAAGCCACAGGGUCCUCUGGAAGUAUCCGAUGUUAACAAACACGGUUGCAAACUGAAGUGGAAGAAACCGGCAGACGAUGGCGGUAGCCCUGUCGAGCAUUACGAAAUUGAGAAGCUUGAUCCACUUUCUGGUCAAUGGAUACCAUGUGGUAGAGCAACAGAACCCGAAGCUACCAUCACUGGUCUGCUAGAGGGCAAACCUUACAAAUUUAGAGUGAAGGCUGUGAACAAGGAAGGCGAAUCCGAUGAUUUGGAAGCUGACAAGGCUAUCAUCGCCAAGAAUCCAUUCGAUGAACCUGGCAAACCUGGUAGACCAAAAUUGACCAACUGGGAUAAGAACUUUGUCGAUCUUGAAUGGGAAGCACCAGAAAGUGAUGGUGGUGCGCCAAUUGAAAGAUAUGUUAUCCAAAUGCGUGAUAAGGACGGAAGACAGUGGGUAGAUGCUACCAGUGUUCCAGGGGGCCGUACUGAUGCUAAAGUUAUGGAUGGCAUUGAAGAAGGACACGAAUAUGAGUUUAGAGUUGUUGCCCUCAACAAAGCUGGACCUAGUGAGCCAAGUGACACGUCCAAGAGUGUGAUUGCCAAGCCUCGUUUCCUGGCACCAAAGAUUGACCGCAAGAACUUGGAGAAGAAGGUUAUGCGUGUUGGACAGAUGCUGCGAAUGGAGGCAGACGUCAAGGGAGAACCAGCUCCAAUUAUAACCUGGAAGUUGAAAAAUAUGGUCCUGAAGACACAUGAUCGUAUGAAAGUUGAAAAUGAGGAUUAUUUCACCACCUUCAUCUUGAAUAAGUUGCAAAGAUCUGAUACUGGAGUUUAUGUUGUCACAGCGAAGAACGAUAGUGGCACUGAUGAAGUUGAAGUGGAAGUGCAGGUAAUGAGCAAACCCGGUAAACCAAAGGGUCCACUUGAUGUAUCCGACGUGACAGCUGAAGGAUGCAAACUGAAGUGGAACAAACCGGAAGAUGAUGGCGGUGAGCCUAUCGACCAUUAUCUCAUUGAACGUAUGGAUGUUGAUACCGGAAGAUGGGUUCCUUGCGGAACAAGUAAAACUCCCGAAGCAGAAAUCAGUGGCUUGAAUGAAGGUAAGGAUUACCAGUUCCGUGUCAAAGCAGUGAACAGCGAAGGUGAAUCUGAACCUUUGGAAACAAGCAUACCCACAACAGCAAAGAACCCAUACACUGAACCUGAUGAGCCAGGCAAGCCAGAACUGAAGGACUGGGACAAGAACCACGUCGACCUAAAAUGGACCGCUCCAAGGAAAGAUGGUGGAGCACCGAUCGAAAAGUACAUCAUCGAAAAGAAGGAUCAAUACGGUAAAUGGCAAAAGGCUGCAGAGGUACCUGGACACAAAACAGAAGCCAAAGUGGGAGAUCUUAUAGAGGGACAAAAAUAUCAAUUCAGAGUGAAAGCCUUGAAUAAAGGCGGACUGAGCAAACCCAGUGAACCCAGCGAUACCUUAACUGCCAAGGAUCGCUUCGCAGCACCAAAGAUCGAUCGCACGUCUUUGAGAGACAUCACUGUCAAGGCAGGAAAUCACGUUCGCCUCGAUGUCAAAGUUACGGGUGAACCUCCUCCAACUAAAACAUGGUAUUUGAACAAGAAGGAACUUGAAGAUUUCAAAGACGGAAUCGCGAUCGAAGUGGAAGAAUACAAAACCAAGUUUGUCAUUUCCUCCGCAGCCAGAUCACACACUGGUCAUCUGACUCUGAAAGCAGAAAACAGCUCUGGAAAAGACGAGGCUACUAUUUGUUUGACAGUAUUAGACAAACCAGGAAAGCCAGAAGGCCCUCUGGAAGUUUCCAACAUUCACAAGGAAGGUUGCAGUCUGAAAUGGAAUCCACCAAAAGACGAUGGAGGUGUGCCAAUCGAUCACUAUGCUGUCGAGAAAAUGGACACGGCCACUGGUCGUUGGAUCCCUAUCGGUCGCACAAUGGAACCCAAAAUUGAUGUUGAAAAUCUUGUGCCGGGUCAGGAAUACAAAUUCCGAGUCGCCGCUGUCAAUGCUGAGGGAGAAUCGGAACCGCUAGUCACCGAUAUCGGCAUCAUUGCCAAGAAUCCAUUUGAUGAACCUGGAGCACCUGGUCGUCCAGAAGCUACUGAUUGGGACAAAGAUCACGUCGACCUCAGAUGGACUCCACCUGUAACUGACGGUGGAUCUCCAAUCACUGGUUACGUGAUUGAAAAGCGCGAGAAGGGCACUACAAAAUGGAUCAAAGCUGGUGAAGUUUUUGGCCCAGAUUGCAAAGGUCGCGCUGAUAAUCUGGACGAAGGUUCUGAAUACGAAUUCCGUGUCAAGGCCGUGAAUGCUGCUGGGCCAGGUGAACCUUCAGAUGUAAGCAAGGGUAUAGUCGCAAAGUGCAGAAGAAUGCCACCAAAGAUCGACAGGAGGAAUCUGAGAGAUCUUAUUGUGCGAGAAGGCGAGCCAAUCAGGUUCGACGUAAAGGUUUCCGGUGAACCAGCUCCAGAUGUUAGCUGGUUGCUGAACAAUAAGAGCAUUCAUCAAACUACUUAUCGCAGGGUAGAAAAUGUCCCGUAUAAUACUAAGUUCUUUAAUGAAAAGCCUGAACGCAAGGACAGCGGAAUUUAUAAAAUCACGGCCUCCAAUCAGUACGGAACGGAUACUGCAGAUGUUGAGGUCACCGUUGUGUGCAAACCUGAUAAGCCAGAGGGACCACUCGAAGUGUCCGACAUCCACAAGGAUGGCUGCACACUCAAGUGGAAAAAACCCAAAGACGAUGGAGGCGAGCCCAUCGAGACCUACUUGGUUGAAAAAUACGACCCAGAAACUGGAGCUUGGCUACCAGUUGGAAAAACUUGUGGAACUGAAAUGAAAGUUGAUGGUUUAACACCCGGUCACGAAUACAAAUUCAGGGUCAAGGCUCAGAACAAGGAAGGGGAUUCUGAACCACUUGAAACUUUCGGAUCCAUCAUUGCCAAGGAUCCAUACACUGUUCCAUCUGCGCCUGGAGCACCAGAACCUACCGACUGGACAGCAAAUCAAGUUGAUCUUGUCUGGAAAGAACCUGUCAGUGAUGGUGGGGCACUAAUCACUGGUUAUAUUGUUGAAAAGAAGGACAAGUACAGUACAAUGUGGGAAAAGGCCUUGGAGACCGAUUCUCCUUUACCAAAGGCACUCGUCACUGGUCUUAUUGAGGGCAACGAUUACCAAUUCCGUGUUAUUGCCGUCAACAGAGCUGGUCAAUCGGAGCCUGGUGAUGCUAGUAAAACAUUUACGGCUAAACCUCGCUUUUUGGCACCAAAGAUCGACCGUCGCAAUCUCCGCGAUGUGACACUAUCAGCUGGAUCAACACUGAAAUUUGACGUCAACGUCAUUGGUGAACCUCCUCCAAAAUGCGACUGGCGGUGGGCAGAUAUUCCAUUGAUAGGCAAGAAUGUCACCAUUGACAAUUCAGAUUACAACACCAAGCUUACUGUUCGUCCAGUAGCUCGAUCAAAUACUGGAUCAUACACGGUAGUAGCCACAAAUUCUUCUGGUAAAGAUGCUGUCACUGUGAUGGUAACAGUUACGGAUAAACCCACAUCACCAGAAGGACCUUUGAGUGUAACUGAUGUUCACAAAGAAGGUUGCCAGCUCAAAUGGAAACGACCAAUUGACGACGGCGGUACUCCAAUUGAGUACUAUCAAGUUGACAAAAUGGAUCCAGAAACUGGAUGCUGGGUACCAUGUGGACGCUCGACCGAACCAAAUCUGGAGGUCACUGGAUUGACACCAGGAAAAGAAUACAAAUUCCGCGUUGCUGCGGUUAACGCCGAGGGUGAAUCUGAACCUUUGGAAGCAGAUCAGACGAUAAUCGCUAAGAAUCCGUUUGACGAACCUGGCAAACCUGGCGAUCUUCAGGCCACUGACUGGGAUAAGGAUCAUGUAGACUUGAAGUGGAAACCACCCUUAAACGAUGGUGGUUCUCCAGUAACGAGUUACAUAGUCGAGAAGAAAGAUAAAUACGGUGAAUGGGAGAAGGCCGUUGAGGUUCCAGCGGACUUUACGAGAGCAACUGUUCCGGAUCUUAUUGAAGGUCAGCCUUACGAAUUCCGUGUUCGUGCUGUGAACAAGGCUGGACCUGGUGAACCAUCAGAUGCCACCCCGACAAUCUACGCUAAACCAAGAAAUCUUGCACCAAAGAUUGACCGCACAAACCUAAUCGAUAUGAAGGUCAAAGCCGGACAGAACUUUGUCUUUGAUGUUAAGGUCACUGGAGAACCAACACCCGUAACUAAAUGGUUCAUAGGCAUCAAAGAAGUUAGACCCUCGGAUUCAUGCAAGAUCAAGGAUGUUCCUUACAACACGAACCUAAAUGUCCGAAUGGUCACCCGAGCAGAAUCUGGAAAAUACACGGUUACUGCUGAGAACAUUAAUGGCAAAGAUAUCGCUUAUGUCAACGUUACAGUUUUGGAUAAACCUGGUAUACCUGAAGGACCUCUCAAGGUAGCUGAUGUCACUGCUGAGGGAUGCAAUCUCUCAUGGAAACCGCCUGAUGAUGAUGGAGGACAACCUAUUGAAAAAUACGUUGUUGAGAAAUUGGAUGAGACAACUGGAAGAUGGGUACCAGCUGGAGAAACUGACGGGCCAGAGACAUCUUUGCAUAUUGACGGACUUAUUCCAAAUCACAAAUAUAAGUUCAGGGUUCGUGCUGUCAACAAGCAGGGCAAAUCCGAACCGUUAACAGCCGCGCAGAGUAUCGAGGCUAAGAAUCCAUUUGAUGAACCUGGAAAGCCCGGAACACCGAAGAUUAGCGAUUACGAUUCAGACUUCGUUGAGCUCGAAUGGACUCGUCCCACUUCUGAUGGUGGAUCUCCUAUUACUGGAUACGUUAUUGAAAAGCGUGAUAAAUACAGUCCUACUUGGGAUAAAUGUGCGGAAGUUGAUGGAGAUGUCAAUUGUGGAAGGGUGAAUGAUUUGCAGGAAGGAAAUCAAUAUGAAUUCAGGGUCAGGGCUGUUAAUAAAGCAGGACCUGGUGAACCAUCUGAUGCCACCAAACCACAUAUUGCACGACCCAAAAACUUACCACCGAAAAUCGAUCGAAAGUACAUGUUGAAUGUCAAAGUCCGAGCCGGAGGAUUCUUCGACUUCGACGUGCCAGUCAUCGGUGAACCUCCGCCAAAGAAGGAAUGGACUCUGAAAGGAAACACCGUCAUUGGUGAUGAACGCAUCAAGAUAACGAAUGAAGACUACAACACCAAAGUGCGCGUAUUGGAAGCUAGACGUGGAGAUUCAGGAGAAUACACCCUGACAGCUAGGAACAACAAUGGCAAAGAUUCAGCCACGUUGAAUGUAAUCGUCCUAGACAUUCCAUCACCUCCUGAAGGUCCUCUACAUUUCAGCGAUAUUACCAAGAAUACUUGCAGACUUAUGUGGCGACCACCGAAAGACGAUGGUGGUUCCGAGAUUUUGUACUACCAAAUCGAGAAAAUGGACGCUGAAAACAUGCGAUGGGUGCCGAUUCAAGAAGCUCCAGACACUUCUACUAAAGUGGAACAUCUUAUCGAAGGUCACGAAUACAACUUCCGUGUUAGAGCUGUCAAUAAGCAAGGAGAAUCAUUACCCUUAACAGGAUUAGAAAGUAUCACUGCCAAAGAUCCGUUCGGAAAACCAGAAAGACCUGGUGCUCCAGUGGCAACAGAUUGGGAUAAGGAUCAUGUUGAUCUUGAAUGGACACCGCCCAAGAGAGAUGGAGGUUCCCCCAUCACUGGCUACAUUAUCGAAAAGAGACCGAAAUUCGGCUCAUGGGAAAAGGCUGCAGAAAUUCCUGGAAAUCAGACAUCUGGUAGGGUUCCUGACUUGACGGAAGGUCAAGAAUACGAGUUCAGGGUGAUUGCUGUCAACAAAGGAGGUCCAGGUGAACCUUCGGAAGCUUCCUUACCCAUCGUCGCUAAAGCGCGUUACCUUGCACCCAGUUUCGACAAGCAUCUCCUGCAAGACAUGGUUGUUCGUGCUGGCCAAAAGAUCAGCUACGACAUUCCUAUCGAAGCAUCACCUAAGCCAGUUGCUUCUUGGACUAUCAACGGUAUUGAUGUUGUAGCCGAUGAUCGCCAUGACAUUUUCACUACCAAUAUUAACACCAGUUUUGAAAUUGCUUUUGCUACCCGAUCUGACACUGGAAGAUACAAUCUCACUUUGACCAAUAGCCAAGGAAGCUUCAGUGCUGGUGCGAAUGUGACGGUUAUCGACAAACCAUCACCACCUCAGAAGCCAUUAGAGGUUUCCAAUAUUACAAAAGAAAACUGUCAUCUGUCUUGGUUACCACCUAAGGAUAGCGGAGGCACUCCAAUUCUUCAUUAUAUAAUUGAGAAGAUGGAUCUGUCUCGUGGAACCUGGUCUGAUGCUGGAAUGAGCAUGAUUCCAAAACAUGAUGUGACUAGAUUAGUACAUCGCAAAGAAUACCUAUUCAGAGUUAAGGCUGUAAAUAGUGUCGGUGAAUCCGAAGCUCUGGAAACCACAAGUAGUAUCAUCGCUAAGAACGAAUUCGAUGAACCUGACGCACCUGGAAAGCCAAGCAUUGUUGACUGGGACAAGGACCACGUCGACCUUGAUUGGCCAGCUCCAGCUAAUGAUGGCGGUUCUCCAAUCACUGGAUACAUCAUCCAGAAGAAGGAGAAGGGGAAUCCCUACUGGACAAAUGCAGUUCACGUACCACCUUCGCAAACGAAUGCUACUGUUCCUGAAUUGACGGAAGGCCAGGAAUACGAAUUCCGUGUGAUUGCUGUCAAUGCUGCAGGACAAUCAGAACCCUCUGAACCUAGUGACCUUGUCACUGCUAAACCACGACACUUGGCUCCUAAGAUCAAAACACCUUUAGAAGACAUCCGCAUCAAGGCUGGUUUGAUAUUCCACGUCGAUAUCUACUUUGUCGGCGAACCAACGCCUGAAGUAAGAUGGACCGUUGCGAACAAAGAAUUGGAGACGACCGCCAGAACUACUGUUACCUCCAUUGGUUACCAUACAAUCGUUCACACAGUAAAUGCUAAGAGAUCAGAUUCUGGAACUUACCAUUUGCUAUUGAAGAAUGAGAACGGAAUCGAUGAGGGUAGCUUCCAGUUGACAGUUCUGGAUAGACCCAGUCCACCACAAGGUCCUCUUGAGUAUGAGGAAGUCACGAACCAGUCUGUUACUCUAUCUUGGAAACCACCUAAAGAUAAUGGAGGCAGUGAAUUAACUGGAUACGUGAUUGAGAAACGAGAUCUGACUCAUGGAGGCGGUUGGGUACCAGCUGUCACACAUGUUAAUCCUAAAUUCAAUCACGCAACUGUUCCUCGUCUCAUUGAAGGAACGAAGUACGAAUUCCGAGUUUGUGCUGAAAACUUCCAGGGAAAAUCUGAACCUCUUAAUACUGAUCGUGGGGUUACUGCCAAAAAUCAAUUCAAUGUGCCCGGCCAACCUGGUAGGCCUGAGUGUAUGGAUGCCAGUAAGGAUCACAUCAAAAUCAACUGGACACCGCCAAUCAGCACUGGUGGAUCUCCGAUCAUCGGCUAUGACGUGGAGCGUCGCGACCGAGCAACAGGUCGAUGGAUCAAGCUUAACAAGGACCCUAUAGGUCAUACGGAAUACUACGAUGAUCACGUCGCAGAAGGUCAUCAAUACGAGUACAGAGUAACUGCCAUCAACGCUGCUGGCGCUGGAAAACCAAGCGACACUUCAGCUGUAUUCACUGCUAAACCGAUGAGGGAGAAACCAAAACUCUACCUCGAUGGACUUAUUGGACGCAGAAUCAAAGUUCGUGCUGGAGAACCAAUCAACGUUAAUAUUCCGAUCACUGGAGCACCUACUCCUAUCAUUGAAUGGACCAAGGACCUUAUCACGCUUCCUGAAACUCAUCGUGUAUCGUCUGAAACUAAGAGCGAUCACACACACCUGUUGAUUGAAAAAUCCGUUCGAGAGGAUAGUGGCAAAUACACCAUCACUGCAUCAAAUGAUUAUGGUAGAGAUUCAGCAGACAUUGAUGUCAUCGUUGUCGAUAAGCCUGGACCACCAACUGGACCUAUCCAUUACACUGCAACAACUCAAGAUUCUGUUUCGUUGGCAUGGAACCCACCUGAGGACGAUGGUGGUUCGGCUAUUACCAAUUACAUUGUCGAAGUUGCGGAUUAUGGCACAGAAAACUGGCGCCAGUGUCCAGGAUACUGUCCUACGACUCACUUUAUUGCAAAGGGAUUGUCUGAAGGCAAGAAGUACGUGUUCAGAGUCAGGGCAGAAACCAUGUAUGGAAUCUCCGAGCCUUUGGAAGGCAAACCAGUUGUUGCCAAGUGUCCCUUCGAUCCUCCAGAUGCACCAAGUCAGCCAGAAAUUCUGGGAUACACACCAAACAGUUGCAGUUUGACUUGGAAUCCUCCUCUCAACACUGGAGGAAAACCUAUUACUGGAUACUAUGUUGAAAAACGCGAACGUGGCGGUGAAUGGCUGAAGGUGAACAACUACCCAACACCAAACACUUCCUUCACAGUGCAAGAUCUCCAUGAUGGAGGUCGAUACGAAUUCAGAGUAAUCGCUGUUAAUGAAGCCGGUCCUGGAAGACCGAGCAAGCCCACUGAACCGAUUACUGCUGGCCACCAAAGAUUACCUCCUGAUGCUCCUGAGCAACCAAAACCAGACCGAAUCACGAAAGAUUCUGUCACCCUGUCCUGGCGUCCACCUCGUAGUGAUGGAGGCGCUAAAGUUCGAGGAUACAUUGUCCAACAAAGGAAAGCCAGGGGAGACGAGGAUUGGAAAGACGUCAACAGUAUACCAGUUCCAGCAACUGUAUUCACCGUUCCGAAACUCAAAGAAGGCGAAGAAUAUUUGUUCCGCGUCAUUGCGGUCAACGAUAUUGGAAAUAGCCUUCCAAGUCGACAGAGUAACCCGAUCGUUAUUGAAGAACAACCAAACAAACCUAUGAUGGAUCUUGGUGGAGUUAGAGACAUCACUGUCCGCGCUGGAGAAGACUUCUGCAUUCAUGUGCCUUAUGUUGGCUUCCCCAAACCAACCGCCACUUGGCUCGCUAACGACAUUGUCAAGGAUGAAUCUGAUUCACGAGUUCAUCAACAGUUGGCAGAUGACUAUGCCAGUCUCGUGGUUAAGAAUUCGAAACGGUCUGACGGCGGUCAAUACCGUCUGCAGUUGAGGAAUUCAUCAGGAUUCGAUACUGCCACUGUCAAUGUGCGCGUCCUUGAUCGUCCUAGUCCACCUCAAAAUCUACGAGCUGAUGAAUUUUCCGGAGAUGCACUUACCCUCUUCUGGAAUCCACCAAAGGACAACGGUGGUGCAGAUGUUACAAACUAUGUUAUCGAGAAACGAGAGCCUAGACAGCUCGCUUGGAUUAAGGUAAGCGGAUAUGUGACAACGCCAUUCAUACGCAUACGAAAUUUGGAAGUUGGUUCCCUAUACGAGUUCAGGGUGAUGGCUGAAAAUCAGUACGGUACUUCGGAUCCUGUUUCAACCACUGAUCCGAUUAAGGCAAGACAUCCAUUCGAUCCUCCAGGAGCACCAGGUGCACCUCGAGGAAUUGAAACGUCUGAAGACAGCAUCACUAUCAACUGGACCAAACCGCGUCAGGAUGGAGGUGCUCCGAUUAUUGGAUAUAUUGUGGAGAAACGACUCAUCAGCGAUGAAAAAUGGAUUAAAGCGACCCCGUCUCUUAUCACAGAUACUACUUACAAGGUUGGCGGUCUCAUUGAAAAUCAUGACUACGAAUUCCGCGUAGCUGCAGAGAAUGCUGCUGGUCAAGGACCAUGGAGCUUGGGCUCCGACGUAAUUCGUGCCAGUGCACCAACUUCUGCACCUAAGAUCACAAGUGACUUGAGCAUUCGCGACAUGACAGUCAUUGCUGGCGAGCCCUUCACAAUUACUGUGCCAUUCACAGCACAUCCCAAACCAAGACCCAACUGGACCAUCAAUGGCGAAGAUGUCAUCACAGAUGAAAGGAUUAAAUUCGAUACCUCCGAAAUCGCUUCCAAGUUCAUCAACAAGAAAGCAAAACGAUCUGAAACAGGAAACUAUACCAUCUACCUGACCAACUCUGUUGGCACAGAUUCGGCUUCAUGCAAGGUUCUGGUUGUUGACAAACCAUCGCCACCCCAAGGACCGCUCGAUAUUUCAGAUAUCACUCCAGAAACCUGUGCUCUUUCUUGGAGAGCUCCACUUGACGAUGGUGGUUCGCCUGUUACAAAUUAUAUUGUCGAGAAGCUGGAUCCUGCUGGAUAUUGGGUGAAACUGAGCAGUUUUGCAAGACAUCCGCAUUAUGAUGUGUUCGGAUUGGAACCCCUACGUAAAUACAAUUUCAGAAUACGCGCCGAGAACCAGUAUGGAGUAUCAAAUCCUCUCGUUGCUGAUGAGCCUAUAAUGGCCAAAUUCCCCUUCACUGUUCCUGAACCUCCAGGCAAACCUCGAGUCACUGACUGGGACAGCACCAGCAUCACAAUACAUUGGGACAGACCUAUCUCUGAUGGCGGUUCUCGAAUUCAGGGAUACAAGGUUGAAUUCCGUGACCCAGCAGAUGACGCUAAUUGGCGAAUUGCUAAUGAUUACCUCGUCAAGGAUACAAGUUACAUCUGUUACGGUUUAACAACGGGACAGGAGUAUGAAUUCAGAGUACGAGCUAAGAACGCUGCUGGUCUCAGUAAGCCUAGCCCGCCUUCCACUACCUUUAGGUUGAAGAAUAAGUUCAAAGUACCAUCUCAACCUGGAACACCACAAGUUAUUAAAGUUGGAAGGAACUACGUCGAUCUCAGGUGGGAAGCUCCUGCUUCUGAUGGAGGCAGUCGAAUCACAGGUUACAUCAUUGAGAAACGAGACAUUGCUGGUGCUAGCUGGGUUAAAUGCAAUGACUACAACAUCACCGAUUUAGAAUACACAGUACUUAAUCUCAUUGAGAAGGGAGACUAUGAAUUCAGAGUAUUUGCAGUAAAUGCUGCUGGAAGAUCAGAACCCAGCUCCUGUACUUCUCCAGUUAAAAUCUGCGAAGUUGAAGGAGGAGAGAAACCAGACUUCCUCAGACCACUACCUUACAGUGCAGGUGUGCCUCUUGGAAAGAUGCAUGUAUUCGAGUGCGAGGCGACUGGAAAACCAACCCCGACUCCCAGGUGGUUGAGGAAUGGAAGGGAAAUAACAUCUGGAGGUAGAUUCAGAAUGGACACAAUCGAAGGUGUUUUCAGGCUCGUGAUAUCUGAAGUUUGGGACGCAGAUGAUGGCGAUUACACUUGUCAAGCAUCUAAUCCUGUAGGAUUCGCUAGUACCUCUUGUAGAUUGAAGAUUGGCUCACCACCAAGAAUCGAACGUCUUCCUGAAGAUCUAUACCUUCCUGAAGGCGACAACACCAAGAUCAAGAUCUUCUACAGCGGAGAUCAGCCAAUGGACAUUACCCUCAGUAAAGAUGGUCGAGAGGUUGUCGAGUCCACCCAUAUCAAAUACACAGUCUUUGACGAGUACCUUAUCAUAUUCAUUAAGGACGUUAAUAAGGACGAUGCCGGUAGUUACCAAUUGUCUAUCAAAAAUAACAGUGGCAGCGUCAGCGGCUCAUUUAACGUGUUCAUCACUGGACUCCCAGGACCGCCAACUGGACCUCUCGAUGUUACCAAUAUCGACAAACACACAUGUACACUCACAUGGCACCCACCGAAGUACGAUGGUGGCUUAAGAAUAACGCAUUACGUCAUCGAACGUCGCGAUCUUACCUCUGAUCGCUGGAUUAUUGUCACCUCCUUCUGCAAGGAACAUAGCCAUGUUGUACUUGGAUUGACUGAAUACCAAGAGUACCUGUUCAGAGUAAUGGCAGUCAAUGAAAAUGGCAUGGGACCUCCACUGGCAGGCAUCAAUCCAAUUAAAGCCAAGGGUCCAUUCGAUCCACCAGGUCCUCCAGGAACUCCAAAGGUCAUCGAAGUUGGAGGAGACUUUGUCAAUUUAUCAUGGGACAAACCCGAGACUGAUGGAGGCGCUAGAAUCCAAGGUUAUUGGAUAGAAAAACGUGAAGUUGGAAAUCAAACAUGGCAACGUGUCAAUGCUCUCAUCAGCUUGACUAAUCAGAUCAACGUGACUAAUUUAAUCGAAGGCAGACAAUACGAAUUCCGUGUGUUUGCUCAAAAUGAAGCCGGUCUUAGUAAGGAAUCGAAGGCUACUAAUUCUGUGAAGGUCAAAGAUCCACAGGAAGUAAAGGCACCUGAAGUGCUUAGACCCCUCAAUAAUGUCAAUUGCGUGCAAAAUCACAACGGACAUUUCAAGUGUGUUAUUAGCGGAGCUCCAAAACCGAACAUCACAUGGUUCAAGGGCGCCAGGGAGAUCGUGAAUGGAUCCCGUUACCAGAUCUUCAGCGAAGGAGAUUGUCACAAUCUGAUAGUAAUGGAUGUCUUCGGAGAGGACGCUGAUGAAUACGUUUGUCGUGCCGUCAACAAGGGAGGUGCUAAGUCAUCGAAGGGAGAACUAUUCAUCAUGACACCACCUAAACUGAACGUUCCUCCGAGAUUCCGUGACACUGCCUUCUUUGACAAGGGACAGAACGUUGUUAUUAAGAUCCCCUUCACUGGAUUCCCGAAACCAAAGAUUUCCUGGGUCAGGGAAGGAGAAACCAUCGAAUCAGGAAGCCACUAUGCUGUGGAAGUCACUGAAAGACACGCUGUUCUUACAAUUAGAGAUGCAAGCAAGAUCGACUCUGGUCCGUAUCGUAUUACAGCUGAAAAUGAACUUGGCCAGGACUCAGCGAUUAUCAAAAUCCAGAUCAGCGACCGUCCUGAUCCUCCAAGAUUCCCACAGAUUGACAGCGUCGGUCACGAUUCGCUGGCUCUUACCUGGAAACCUCCAGUCUGGGAUGGUGGUAGCAACAUCACGAACUAUCUUGUUGAGAGACGUGAACAACCAAUGAGCAGCUGGAUUCGAGUUGGUAGCACGAGAUUCUGCACCAUAGCUGUUAGCGGUCUAACUUCUGGUAAAUCGUAUGACUUCCGUAUCUUCGCUGAGAACGUAUAUGGUCGCUCUGAUCCAAGUGAAGUCUCGCCAUUGAUAACGACCAAAGGAACCACCAAGAAGGAGUUCAAGAAGAAGGAGUACAAAGUUGAUGAAACUGGAAAGAGGAUACGUGGACGUGACGAUGAAAAAGUCACGAACUACGAUCAGUUCGUCUUUGACGUUUACAGCAAGUACGUUCCACAACCAGUGGAAAUUAAACACACAUCUGUCUAUGAUAAAUACGACAUCCUUGAAGAAAUUGGAACUGGAGCCUUCGGUGUUGUGCAUCGUUGUCGCGAGAGAACAACUGGCAACAUCUUUGCUGCUAAAUUCAUUCCGGUUUCGCACUUGAUGGAGAAGGAACUUAUCAGGAAAGAAAUUGAUAUCAUGAAUCACCUUCAUCAUUCUAAACUUAUUAACUUGCACGAUGCCUUUGAAGACGAUGACGAGAUGGUUUUGAUCUUUGAAUUCUUGUCUGGAGGUGAAUUGUUCGAAAGAAUCACAGCUGAAGGCUACAGGAUGUCUGAAGCAGAAGUCAUUAACUAUAUGCGACAGAUGUGCGAUGCAAUUAAACACAUGCAUGAGAAGAAUAUUAUCCACCUUGAUGUGAAGCCAGAAAAUAUUAUGUGCCAAACGCGCAACAGUACGAACAUCAAACUGAUCGACUUUGGUCUAGCGACGAAGUUGGAUCCAAAUGACAUUGUGAAGAUCAGCACAGGAACGGCUGAAUUCGCAGCUCCUGAGAUUGUUGAACGUGAACCAGUUGGUUUCUACACUGACAUGUGGGCCUGUGGUGUGCUAGCUUAUGUUCUAUUGAGUGGUCUGUCGCCCUUCGCCGGUGAUAACGACAUCGAGACCCUCAAGAACGUGAAAGCCUGCAACUGGGACUUCGACGAAGAAUCAUUCCGUGAUGUGUCCGAUGAAGGCAAAGACUUCAUUAGGAGGCUACUCGUCAAAAAUAAGGAAAAGCGCAUGACCGCUCAUGAGUGUCUUAUCCAUCCAUGGCUGAAAGGUGACCACAGCAACAGAACGAAAACGAUCGACAGAAGUCGCUACAUUAGCUUCAGGGACAGAAUCCGUAAGCAAUACGAACAAUGGGAUAAAUACGUCCUUCCCAUUGGCCGGCUAGCCAACUACUCUUCGCUUAGGAAACUCCUCAUUGAAAAAUACAGGAUAAUAGAUGCCACUAUAGAUCGCAGACAAGCAGCACCAAGGUUCGUCAUCAAACCACAAAGUGCCUUCUGCUACGAAGGACAGAGCGUCAAGUUCACGUGCCGCGUAAUCGCGUUAGCACCACCAGUUCUCACCUGGUACCACAACAACCAAGAACUCCGACAAUCUGUGAAGUUCAUGAAGCGUUACAUUGGCGAGGAUUACACCUUCAUCAUCAACAGGGUGAAACUAGAAGACAGAGGAGAGUACUUGAUCAGAGCAGAGAACUCCUACGGUUUCCGAGAAGAAGUUGUCUUCCUGAAUGUUCAACCAAUGCCGAAAGAAAUUCCUGCAUACCGUCGCGAACUCCAACCACUUCGAAGACGCGAACCUAUUCCUUAUCACUGCUGGAUGGAAACGACAGAAUGUGCUCCAGACUUCACUUUCCUACUUAGACCUCGUGUUAUGCAAAUCAGACAGACUUGCAAGCUACUCUGUUGCCUGAGUGGUAAGCCACCACCAACGGUUAAAUGGUACAAAAACCAGAAAGAGUUAUCCAAAUAUGAAUAUUCGAUGACAAGUUCGGACGGUGUUAUCACAAUGGAAAUCGUGGAUUGUAAACCGGAAGACAGUGGCAAAUACCGCUGUGUGGCUACCAACAAGCACGGAACAGAUGAAACGAGCUGUGUUGUUAUCGUUGAAGGCACUGGUGAAACUGAUGAAGAAAUUCAACUAGCCCACGACUUCUUACAUUCUGGAGACCGAAAGUUCAUCGAACAGGCAUUGAAACCACCAGUUCAUCCAAUCGUAACUGUCCACACAUCAUCAGGAUACAGUGGGUACUCCAGUAAGACGACAGGACGCGAAGCGACAAAUAGUUACACUAGUUCCUCUUCAGCAAUUAGAGAUACUAGCUUCUCAGCAAUUAGAGAUACUAGUUCCUCAACAAUUAGAGAUACUAGUUCCUCAACAAUUAGAGACACAGCUAGUUCUAAUCUAAAGGAAUCAUCUUCGGCAUUGAAGCAAAGCUCAGCCGUCGACAAAUCAUCCUCUAAGGAAAUCAAUGGCAAACUGGCCGAUUUAGCAUCAGCGCCUCCAGUAGAUAAGAAAAACCUUAAGAAAUAUGGUAGCAAACUCGAUGCAACUGGUAGUCCAUCCAGGUCUAGGAGUACAACAAAAGAAAUCAUUCAUCCGCCCGAUGAUGCGUCGAUGGGACCUCCUAAAUUCACUAAAAAACUGAGUGACCUCACCAUCGACGAUGGAACAAAAUUGGAACUAACAGCAAAGGUCGAAGGUGAUCCAGAACCCCAAGUGAGCUGGACGAAGAAUGGCAAUCCAUUGAGCUCAUCCGAAGUUAUGGAUCUGAAGUACAAAGGUGGUGUCGCGACUCUAACAAUCAACGAGGUCUUCCCUGAAGACGAAGGCAAUUAUGUUUGUACAGCAAUGAACAGUAUCGGUUCAGUUACAACAACUUGCAAACUAACAAUCAACCCAAUGGCAACCGAAGCAGAAAAACCGAAAGAGGGAGAAAUGGACAAGCCGCCGCAAAUAGUGGAUCACUUAAAGAGUAACACUGUCACUGAUGGCGAGGCCGUUACUUUGAGUUGUCGCAUCAUCGGCGCGAAGAAGUUCGACGUCGUUUGGCUGCACAAUAACAAGGAAAUUAAGCCAAGUAAAGACUUCCAAUAUACGAAUGAAGCCAACAUUUACAAGCUACUGAUCACCGAGAUCUUCCCCGAGGACUGCGGCACAUACACGUGCGAGGCCUUCAACGACAUAGGAGAGAGCUUCUCGUCCUGUACUCUGAAUGUCCUUGUUCCCAACGAGGAACCCAAGAGUCCAGUGUUCACGACAUUCCCACAGUCGGCAAGCGUGAGCGAAGGUGAAGCGGUUAAUUUUGCUUGCCAGACUGCAACUGCACCCUUAAAAGUAACGUGGCUGAAGGAUGGUAAACCGAUUGAUGAAACAAGUAGCAGAUACACCUUCAGUUCGGAAGGCGAAACGUCCUACAAAUUGAAAAUAAAAGCGUGUACACCAUCAGACAUUGGCCAAUAUCUAGCACGCGCGAUUGGCAAGAAGGGUGAAACGAACGCCGCUUUCGCUCUCAAUGUUCUCCGUGCCACCGAUCUCUGAGCCUGUUAUUAUUAGUCAGUCUCAUCAUUUAAUUACUAUUCAAACCGCGACUGGCGACGACAACAGUUGCGUUAACAUGACUAUAUUACCGUUGACAGUAAUGUCCAACACAAUGAUCGAACUUGACCUGCUCUCGAUGCAGCGUCAACGAAACUAACGAAAUUGCACGACACGAUUAAAUCGGAAGCAGGUCGCAAGAAUGUCGAAUGUCGAGUACGAAGGUUACGUAAUGUUAUGUACCACGAGAUAAAUAUUCAUGCAUCGAAGUUGAGAGAAUUAUUAUUAUUAUUAUUAUUAUUAUCAUAAUUAUUAUUAUUAUCAUAAUUAUUAUUAUUAUAAUUAUUACUAUUAUUUAUUACCGUUACAGUAUGGAGAUACUAUGGGGCAAUAUGUUUUCUUUGUUUGUUACUUCGCGAAAAUAAUGCGUUCAAAUGAGCUUUACAAUACGCGACUUCAUGCAUCGUGACUAGAAUCGGUCAUUUAUCUCCGAUGCGAGAAGAAGAAUGUACUUUGCGUGGAUUUAUUUAAGCCUGCCAGCAUCCUCCAAAGAACCGAAAAGUCUAACGCAAAUUGCAUUCUUCCUCUCGUUGCUGUGUGAAGAAAUAUAAUUUCGUGUUCAACGACGCUGCGCUGUCAGCACGAACCUUCUUAUUCCGUGUAACCAUACGCAAUGUCGUGUUAUAUUUGUUUUGAAGACUGCUUCCAUUAUAAAAUAUACGAUAAAUAAAUAAAAAAAUUAAUUAAAAAUAUAA